AUGUCGACGUCUCAGAAACUGCAGGAACAUUUCCUCACAUGCACCAUAUGUACAGAAGUAUUUGACAAUCCCUGCACCCUUGUCUGUUAUCACACAUUCUGUCGGAAAUGUGUCGUCAACUAUACCAAAACCAAACCGGAAGCCAUCAAUGCCAAGUCUCUGCUGUGCCCUUUCUGCAGUAAGAUGACGAAAGUGACCUCCCCUGAAAGAUCAAUAGAUGAGUGGGCGGAUGACGUCAAACCGAGCUUUGUCAUCCGGGGACUCCUGGACUCUUUUGGCCCCGGAUGUAAAGAUACAAAGAACUGCACGUGCUGUCAUCGCGAAGGGGAGACAACUCCAGCGACUGUGUGGUGCUCGGUAUGCGAUGACGCCCUGUGUGAUGUAUGUGCUAGGGUGCACAGUCGCAUCUCAUCCACUCGUCAUCACGAUACAACUGCCCUGACUAGUGAGGCCAUUAUCCCCAGGAAACGAAACAUUAAGUGUAAAGAACACAAGGAUGAAAACAUCAAAUUCCUGUGCAAAGAUUGCAAGAAAGUCACCUGUCACACCUGUUGUGUUAUCUAUCACAGGAAAUGUGAAUCAGUUGUCACACUGGAGUCGGAAUUACCUGCAUUGACGUCCCAGCUAUAUGCAAGAAUGGAACAUGACAUAAAGUCUUUUGGUAACAACGCGAGAGAAAAGAUAACUCUCAUGGAAAAUAAACUUCUAGAUGAACUCAAAGAAGUUUCUGAAAAGCACAUUGAACAACUGACAGCCGACCUAAAGUCGGUUGAAAUAUCAGUACACAUGUACCGACAGCAGGCUGAGCUGAUAGACCAGGCUCUACAGUCUGAGUGUGACAUGGACGUGUAUGAGAUGUAUCAGGGAUGUGAGGCCGCUGAUGUGGAUGCUGUCGGAGACGUAGACGUGAAGAAGAGGGGUAGAAUAGCCAGGAUCAUGUUCAGACAGAACGAAGACAUGCUGAGUAGAGCUCUGGACGAUCUACAGCUGGGUGAGAUAGAUGUCCAGUAUGACGGAAUGGUGGACACCAGUAACGUGCUGGACCUGAAGGCUGUUCCUGUGUUACAGGGCACCAUUAGCGUUGAGGUAGCAGGAGACCGGAAUACGGUAUACCCUACUGACGUAAAAGUAUUGCCGGUGAAUGGUACAGACACAGUGGUUGUAACAGACUACGACAACAACAGUGUGAAGUCCUUCUACACCAGGAACAAACAACGACGUCACAGCAAGCUCAGCCUGGGAGGUUCUCCGUGGGGUAUAACAAGGCUGAAACACAACCAGGUGGCUGUCACUGUGCCGAAUACCAGACAGAUGGUAACAGUUGACGUGAACCCUGACCUGGUGCUGCUGUCGAACAUCAAGACCAGCAAACAGUACAGGGGUAUAACGUCUCUGACACCAUCAACACUAGCAGCAGGUUCUGGUAGAUGUGUGGAUAUUCUGGACAUGAGAGGAAACUUCCUGAAGUCAAUUAAACCUAUAGAUAGUGGAAAGGAAAUCAUAGAUUCUCCUGACUUUCUUUGUACAACAAGAACAGGAAACAUCCUUGUGUCGGAUAACUGUUCGAAGCGUGUCCUGUGCCUGACAGCUGAAGGUGACUUUGGGUUCACCUACCCUACAACAGAAAACACAACACUAGGACUUCCACGUGGUAUCACAAGUACCAGCACAGGUGACAUCCUGGUUACUGACUACUAUCAAGAUACUGUUGUUCAUCUGACUGAGUCAGGACAGUUUGUCAGAAACAUACUCACUAACGAUGAUUGGGUCUUGCACCCGCACGGAGUUUGUGUAGAUGGACGUGGCCGUGUUUAUAUUUCUAAUUACCUUUCAGGUGAAAUCAAAGUAUUCAGUUUCAGUAACACAGUAUAGACCUUUGAUUCUUUCUCAAGUGAUCAUUGCAUCUGUAAAUAUUACAAUCAACUACAUAUACAACGACCUCCUGACUGCAGAUUGACUGAGCUGGUCUUGACAAAUCAUCACAUGUAAUGUACUGUGUGUCUGAGUAUAUCUAAUGUACAGUGUGUCUGAGUAUAUCUAAUAUAAAGUGUGAAUGCGUAUUUCUGACUGUAUAGUAUGAAUGAGUAUAUCUCAUGUAUGGCGUGACUAAGUAUAUCUAAUAUACUGUGUGACUAAGUAUAUCUAUCUAAUAUACCGUGUGUCUGAGUAUAUCUAAUAUACUGUGUAUCUGAGUAUAUCUAAUGAAGCAGUGAUGAAUCAAUGAAGACACACUUACUGGUAUUGGUGUAUGCCAUCUUUACCUUAAACUUAGAAUGCAAAGCAUAAUGUGUACAUAGGGAUACUACGCUAUUGUGAAAUUACUUAAAUUUCUAAAAUUAAUCCAUUUGUAUAUUAGGUUCAUCAAGAUGGACUGAUACUCUGUCAUUGUGAACAGUUCCGCGUAUGUGACAUUUGCUACAGUGCUAA